ACAUGCUCGCAUUAUCCUUUUUUUACUUUAGAACAUGUAGAGAUUCUACCACGGAUACCACUCUGUGCACGGGAAUAUCUGCGAGACUUAUUAUCAACCCACGGAAGAAAGUCAGAGAAACUUAAGUCCGAAUGUAAAACAAUUUGUGAGAGGAUACGUUGUGUUUACGGAGUUUUAGACGUUUAUCCUGCAUUUCAUGAUGAUGACAAGACACAUGUUGUUUUUGUCGUUUCGCACACUAAUGAAAAUAUAAAACAAGAUAUGGAAAAAGCAUUUACUGGUUCAGACAAAAUCGAUUACGUUACCAAGGCGGUGGACUGUUUACAAUCGUCUAAUGUAGAUGAAAUAGGCGAUAUACCAGAAGAAUACCAAGAAAGGUUGCGUUUAUGCAUUCGUAAAAUCUCGAAGGGCUUGUACGUAAAACAUAAGCGACUGUCUUUCAUUGAAGGAUGCACAAUUAACUUGAACAGUACAUAUGAACCGCGGUUAUUAUUGUAUGUUCACGCUAAAGGUUGCAUACCUAUUGAUGAAGAUCCAUUUGACAAGUCCUAUGAAGCUAUCCGUGUAUCUGUUCGGGAAGGAUCAUUUGUACAAUUGACGAACCGUUCCUAUGAAAUACAUGAAAAUGUUCGCAUGGGCUGUUCAAUUGAACGUAAAUGUGAAUUAAAAGGCACACUUGGUGUUUUUUUUAAACAUAGCACGUACGGCCUUUGUGGCAUCACAUGUGCUCACGUAUUAAUGGACGAUCAUGAGUUGGGUUCUGUAAUAGGUAACGCUGGAAACGUUCAACUCGUAGUAGACGAUUAUGUUGUUUUUCAGCCUGAAAAGCCAAAUGAUAUAGGCAUAGUGAAAGAGAUAUUUGUCAAAGAAUACGUCGAUGAAAAGUCCGGUUUUGAAAUUGCAAUUAUUCAGUUACAGAAAAGACAUCCCGUUUGUGGACGAUUUCCCGCUCCGGAAAAACCUCCUGAUUAUGAUUAUGAAUUUACAUCCGGAAGGGUACUUGACAAAGACAAAGAAAACCUCAGGGGUACAUGCUGGAAAUUUGGCGGUGUAACUGGAUAUACUAGUGGCGAAAUCCUUCAAUCGAAAUCGCUUAACUCACAUGUAAUACGUAAUCCGAUCACUAAUGACCCGAUCUAUACAUUGUAUGAUCAAAUUGUGGUGCGUUCCAGUGAUGCAAAUAAGCCGUUCGCUGUCCGUGGGGAUUCCGGUGGGCCAGUUUUUUUUAACGACUGCAGUGGUGAAGUUUUUUGUAUCGGACUGAUUGAAGGUGGUAUUCCUGGUCUUAACAAAACCUUGGUUACACCAAUUGGAAGCAUUAUGCGUGCCGUGAACGUAUCCUCUCUCCAAUCGUUUAGUCCAUGAAAAAAAUUAUACCACAAUAGGUGUAUCUCAGCGUAUGACGAACUUGAAUGGUUUCAGACUUGAUAUGUUAUCAAAAGAAAGAAUGAUUAAAUAAUAUUCCGUUCAAAGCUUGAGUCACCUUGAUAAAAUUACCUCAAAAGGUGAAACAAAAUGUAUACAUAAGUUCAUCGACCUAUCGUCAGUUUAUAGUUCAUUCAAAUCGACGUUUGUAUGGUGGCAUGCAGUAUAUAAUCCUCAAAGUGCCAUUGAAAUUCCAAUAACAAAUACUAACUAAUAUAUUAUAUAUCGUCGUAUUAUAUAAAUAAUUGUAAAGUACUUAUUCUUAAACGUGCACCUUUUGCUUUAAAUAUCGAGAUGUUUCGUGUAUAAUGGCAUUGAUUUGCCCUUACGUAGUUGUAUUUUGAUUUGUAAAUUUGAUUUUGAAACACAGUUAUUGCGCUUGAAACAAUCGCGUUUGGGUUAUAAUGUGUAGCAGUUAGUUCAAAAGUGCCUGACGAAAGAUACUAUUACAGUCGUGCCAAUUCGUAUCAUACGCGUAUUGGACCGUCGACCUCUUCAUGUAAUGUGGUGAAAGCUUCUGUUCAAAUGAUAUCUCCAACGAGUUCGACACUGUGUCAAGUAGGAUAAGAACUAAAUAAAAAGCGUUUAAAGACUCCAGAGGCCACAUUUGCUGCUUUUGUUAAUGGAACAGUUUUACUUUGACAUUUAUGCGAGGGGGACUGAAGUUGCAAACGCCCUGUAUUUUCGAAGGGAAAACAUUUUAGGCACAUCCGAAACUUGUGUCUGGUUAAAUUUAAUAUGUAAAGUGCUUCGCCGUAUUUUCUAUAAAGCAUGCUAUGUUGGGUGCAGAUUCGAGUUUAUUGCAACCUUUUAUUUGCCUAAAAAUACAUAUAUUCUGAGAAUUACGCUAAAUUUGUUGUACGCUUGUGCAGUAAAGUUUAGUUUUAUUAUGUCAUUAUUAUGUAACAUUAACUAUAUUAUGUAAUUUUUCAUAACACAGAUUUUUCAUAAUUGACAUAACUGUUUUAGUCAUUAGCACUUAUGAUAAGCCUAUCAACUAAGAGAUAGUUGAAAGAAAGACAACCUGUACAUAAUGUUGCUGUAUUUAUCUCCCUUGUUUAACCUGACUCAGAUUCCCUAAUCUUUUUUUAGUUCAGCUCUGGAAUUUGUUAGACCCCUUGGUUUCAAAACACUUAAAGGGUAAAUACUUCAAAAUGCAUAUUUCUCUAGUAUAAUGACAUUUUUGGCUAAGUUGUAAUAUCUUGUGUAAAUCUGUUCUUAUUGUUUUGGCAAAUUAGUUAUCAGUUUGUAGCAAAUUAAUAUAUAAUGGGAACUAUUACUGAUAAGCCAUCUUUGAGAAAACCUCUGCAGACUUCCCCAGAGCUUAGAUAUUUAUCAUUGAUUAUUGUUGUGUUUUUGAUAGCUAAAUGCAUGUGUAGCUUGCAUAUUUGAAUAGAGGUAUGUUGUUUAUGUUCAAUUUAAAUAAUUGUGUUGAUUUGAGUGUUUUUACUAUGUUUUUAGUCUAUGAGUAGAGAUUAUAUUUUUAACCAAUCAAAACAACAACCAGUAAUGGACCUUUUCUUUCUUGUUACCUUAACUCGGUUGGUUUUUACCCAGAAGCACAAUAAACAAGUAUAUGAAACUUUUAUUUCAAAUACUGAAAAACCUACAAGUGAAACUAAAUGGAAUGGAAUAUUUAGUAAUAUAAACUGGAAGUAUGUGCAUAGUUUUGUUUUUAAAAUAUCCAGAGAUACUUAUAUACAAUGGUUACAUACUAGAAUAAUACAUAGAAUCUUAGGAACUAAAUCAUUGCUAUAUAAAAUGAAAAUUGUUGAUGAUAAUAUAUGCACAUUUUGUAACAAUCAUGAGGAAACUUUAACUCAUCUUUUCUGGAGCUGUGAGCACAUCCAAACCAUUGUUCAAUAUGUUACAAAUGUAUUGAAUAUAAAUAAUGUCAAUAUGACAACACUCUCUUGCCAGGACAUGCUUUUAGGAAUCUGUACAGAAAAAAUGAAUCCUAUCAAUAUAUUGCUCCUUGAAAUUAAAAGGUUUAUUUUUAUGUGUAAACGAACAAAUACAAUCCCAAAUGUUCCAGGACUUAAGAGAUCUCUACUAUUAUCAUGGGAAAUCCAAAAACAGACGACUCGCCAAAAUAAUAUAUUCCCAAAUUGGUCAGUUGUAAGAAUAUUCGUUGAAUGAACCCAAGCCAAUAUAAUUGAAUGUUACAAAAUAUGUACUACUUAAUAUACAUUUAAAGCACACAGGUGUCACACCUUUUUUUUCCAUCUCUCUUAUUUUUUAUCAUAUUUGUAUAAUUGCAAUGUUUUUCUUUAUAAACCUACAAGAUUGUUAAAAAUGAUAUGUGUUAUUUGUGCAUAUAAUUUUAUUAUAAUACAAUGAAUUAUUGUGGUAUGAUUUUAACAAUGUCUGUCUGAAAAUAUUAACCCAUAUUUGUGCUACUAACACAUAAUCUGUUGUACGGUAUGGAGCAGGAUGGCCUCGACCUGAACCUAUGGACGAGGUAAAUAGAGUCUCUUUCACAAAAAAAAAAAUUUAAUCAAUCAAAAUGUCUGUUAUUGGACUGUUCUGUGGGAAAAUGGACUGUUCUGCCAGUGCUCUCAGAACUGGAUAAAAUAAGCUGUUUUGGCCGAUUCAGUCACUUCUUGAUGUUUUCUUCAAAAGGUAAAAGGUGGGAAAUUAUAUAAAUAAAUAAUAAAUUAAACUCUAAAUUAUUGCAAGACCAGCAUCAAGACAUUUCGGCAUUAUUUUCCAAAUUGUUCUCAUUAAUUAGGUAAUUUUAUUUGGCAUUUUCUAAAUUAGAAAGACUCUUGAUUGAAAUAACUUUUGUAAACUCUUCUUAUUUGUUACAUUUGAGUCACUGAAGUUUUCCACUCUUUAUAAAUUGUUUUCUUUAGAUUAAAUAAGACUUAUUUUCGAAACUUAAUUUUUGAAGCAACUUCUAGACUAACAGUAGCUAAUGUUUAUAUCAGUUUUUAACAGAUUGUGAACUUCUUUUUACAUUCAUUAAGGUAAUUUCUGUAUUUUGUUUAUUUUAACGAUACUUAGAUUCUUUAGACUUGGCUUGUACCUGUUCUGAAUUUUCUGUCAUUGUUCUUUAUUUUCCUAGUUCUUAGAAUUAAAGUUAGUUAUUUUCGUUAAA